AUCGGCUCCAAAUCGCUUCUCUUUUUUCUUCAUACAUGGAGCGAGAGUUCCAUGUUACCAUCAUGAUUAAGCCAUGAUGUCUGCACGGUACUUGCGACAGGCCAGCCGGCCUUUAAUACAGUCGAUCUCCCAAACCACAAGUGCUCGUUGCUCACAUGCGCUCAGCUGUGGCAAUUCCUCAAGGACAUUAUGGGGUUCACAAAGCGUGGCAUAUGGGAGGUCCCUAGCUACUUCGGCUGCUAGGAGCCAAGAUGGCCUGGAGGGAUACUCGUCUUUCAAGCAACAGCGCCGAACUGAGCUCUUGGCGGAGAAAGAGAGCGAGGAUCCUCUAUUCGAAGAGACACACCCUCGCCUCAUCCAUCAUGCAGAGCGUAAGACGGUGCCUGAGUUUCAUGAAGCUUUUCGAGAUGCCCUUGACGAUUCCAAGUACAUCAGCGUUUGUGGCCGGGUUCGAUCCAAGCGCGUCGUCGGAAAGAAUCUUAUCUUUCUCGACAUCGUGAAUGAAUUUGAGCGUCUACAGGUCAUGCUCAACCGGUCAAAGUGCAUGGUAGAAGAGGAGGCAAGGAGUUUGAAGUUCGGAAUGUUGAGAAAUUUAAUAGAAGUGGGCGACCACAUAUCUGUCGUUGGUAUACCGGUUCGUACUAAAGCCGGCGAACUCACCAUGGAGGCCAAGACUUUGCCUGAACUUCUGUCUCCUACCAUGGAGCAGAUCCCAGAGAAACUCACCGAUCCCAAAACCAGAAUGCAAGAACGUCAUGUUGAUAUGUUGGUGAACCGACAAGCAAUUGAUGUCCUCCGACUGCGCGCCGAGAUCACCAAGCACAUGCGUGAAUAUUUUCACUCAAGAAAGUUCCUCGAGUUCCAGACACCGAUUCUCGCUGAAAACGCUGGCGGUGCAGUGGCCCGCCCUUUUGUUACCAGAGCCACGGAGUUCAAGGAUAAAGAUCUCGCCUUACGCAUUGCCCCCGAGUUAUGGCUCAAGCGCCUCGUUAUUGGAGGCGUCGACAAGGUCUUUGAGAUUGGACCUUCGUUCCGUAACGAGGGUGUUGACGCGACACACAAUCCGGAGUUUACUAUGUGUGAGUUCUACAGCGCCUAUAGUAACCUGGAGGACUUGAUCAACCAGACCGAGGAGAUUCUCUGCAGUCUUGCCCAACACUCCCAGGAUCUCAUCUCUACCCAACUCACAUCUCUGCCUUCCAUCGACAUGAAACAGUUUGUGCGACCUUUUAAGCGGGUCGAGUUCGUUCCCGCACUCCAAGAAGCCCUUGGGCUUCGUCUGCCCAAGCUCUCAUCUCCAGAUGCUCUACCAGAACUCCUGGCUAUCCUAAAGCUUGCUGGUAUCAAGGUGCCAGGUGAGGUGCCUACCUCGCUGGCCAAGCUGCUUGAUCGUCUGGCUGCCGUUUACCUGGAACCUAUGUCAUUCACGGAGCCUAUCCUUAUCAUGAACCAUCCCGCCUGCAUGUCGCCUCUUGCGAAGAGCUUCCUUUGUCCACAAACUUAUCAGUUAGUAUCUGCCCGCGCAGAACUCUUCAUUGGUGGCCGUGAAUUGGCAAACAUGUACGAAGAGGAAAACGACCCCGAAGAGCAGAAGCGUAAGCUGCUCGACCACCGAAACCUCGUCAACAAGGAUGACGGUAGCAUUGCCAUUGAACAUAAUGAGGCGUCUGAAGGCGAAGCAGCUGUUGAGGAAGCUCUGGAUGAGCCUUUUGAAGACGAGGACGGCGACGCUGCUCCCCUCGAUCAAAGUUAUGUCAAGGCUCUCGACUAUGGCCUGCCCCCUACUGGCGGCUGGGGAUGUGGUGUUGAGCGUAUGGUCAUGCUGUUUUCUGGUGCCAACCGCAUCAGCGACUGUCUAAGCUUUGGUACGAUAAGAAAUGUUGUUGGACUUUCAGCAGCAGAGGAGAACAAGACAAGCUCUGAAGAAGAUAAGAAGCUCGAAGAAGAUAAGCAGGCGAGUCCCGAGAGCUCAUAGACCAACUCUGGAGGGUUUGUACUAUUAGUAGACUCUAAUCAUUGCGAUGAUGUAUGAAUGAUGGAACUGUAUAAUAUUGAAACAAUGGCUAUACGCUAGAAAGCUGUAUAGAACAAUAGACGAUAUAUCGCGUUCAUGCAGAUUAUCUAGACUUUGCAAGAAUGAUAAGAUGACAACACAAGUGGGUUUAUGGUGGGCCAGUUAUGGAACAAUUCUCAACUGGUAUCUUAAUAUAUAUGUACAAAAGAAUAGGUAUCAAAUAUUCAAAUCAAACCAACAGCAAACAGAUCCAACUCAGGUCUCACCCUUACACAGAAAUAGACAGCUGGAACAGGCUGCUUCCCUUCUUAGGGGUAGACAUGGUCUUAAUCCAGUCCCUCACAGUCUCAUCGCUCAGAGAUGAUCCAAAGUCAAAGGCAUCAUCCAACUGCUUGAUAGCGACGCUCGACGUACGCUCACAGAACACAACAGCAACCUUGAUGUACUUGUCGGCAGGUCGCUUGAAGUAAUCAGAGCUUCCAGCGCCGUUUGUCAAGUGGAAUGUGCUCUUGCACUUAUCAUCGCCAGUAGCAAGGACCUCGUAGAUGUCGACCUCACCACAGCCUGUCUUCCAGCAGCUGCAUCCGCUGUAUUGGCCAGUUCUGGG